UUCUCUUCUGUCAUAGUCGUAGUGUUAUUAUUAUUGACACUACAUUACCGAGGUUAUCCGCAGAAUUUUCGCCAAAAUUUCAAAUUUGCAUUCUGUAGGCUUUUAAGUAGCUAGUAACUUGUAUUCAUACAUUCUAAGCAAAUACAGUAUAUAUUAUCCAAGGACCUACACAUAUUCAUUAGGAUGGAAGUAGGCUCUGAGCUGGAGGUAACGGGAGUUUCAAGAUCAGGAAGAGUGAGAAAAAAAUCUUCCAAACUGACUGAUUUUGAAUCUUUGGAUGAAUCUGAGAGGUCCCGAAAGAAAAAUGAAAAACCUGAGGCAUCACCAACAAAUGCAACACCUAAAAUGUCUAACUCACAGAAGAAAAGUGUAACCAUCAAGAUGGAGAUGAACUCAGAAGAGGAUGAUGAUGUUCCACCUACAAACUUUGCAGUGAAAGAAGAAGUUCCUCCGUACUCUGAGUCCGAUUCAGAAAUGGGAAUGUUCCAGACCAAUGAUUCUAGUUUAGACUCUCUUGGUAGUGAGGUGGAUGAUGACGAUAUGGAUGAUCAGCUGGUUCUGGAUCACCAAGACAAUGCUCCAGUCACGGAGGGCUUUCAGAGGAUCAACCCGGACAGUCCGGACACGGGAACACCUUCCCAGGCUCAAUCAUUGUACAUGCUGGAAAAGUCGUCAAAGAAAAAAUUGAUAAUCAAGGAUGGCAGGAUAGUCGGUCGAAUGAAAGCUCAAAGAAAAGACAAAGGAAAAACAAGAUUUACGGCGUACAUGUUGUGGGCGAAGGAGAUACGCCAAGAGUUGAUGCGAGCAAAUCCUGAUUUAGAUUUUUCACAAACAAGCAAGAAACUAGGAGAAUUGUGGGCUACUGUACCUUACAAUGAAAAAUAUAUCUGGAAGAGGAAAGCCAAGCGUCUGGCCAGCAAGGGUGGGAAGGAGGAGAAGGUCCCGACGAUGGUGGUUGCGUCGCCCAAGAAGAGGUCACCCCCGGCUCGCAAGUUCAUCAACAAACAGUCGGGAGCCUCAGCCAGCCAGGGAACAGCCGCGGCCACUGCAUCAUCUGACACACCCGUCAAGGGAGGCAGAUCGACGCUGGUCGCAGAGCCGGUGGUCGGGCCUGGGCUGUACAAGGUGAUUGGAACGCAGCCUAUUGAUGUAUCUGCCCACCUGCGACUACUGGGCGAGUCGCUCACUAUCAUUGGCGAACGGCUUAAAGAACAUGAAGGUCAAAUUGCUGUUUCCGGCAGUCUCUCUGUUUUGCUGGACUCCCUGCUCUGCGCUCUCGGACCUCUGCUGUGCCUAACCCAGCAAGUACCUGCCAUCAGCUCUGGGUGCUCCCCAGAAACCCUCUCUAAGAUACUCGACAACAUCGCAUACAUCAUGCCUGGAUUGUAGACAGUAACUGAGUGUGUGGUAAAUAAAUGUAAUUUAUGUAAA